CCAGAGCAUCCCGGACCUUCAUUUUUGAGGUCAUUACCAAAGACUCAUUCCCCUUUUCUUAAAACAUGAGCAGAAGCAUCUCAACACUCGCUGACAAAGAAAAAAAUGUUCGAAUAAUUAGAGGCGAUAAACCAAUAUCUAGUUGAGAUCGCCGCAACCGGUAGGGGCGUUUCCGUCCCCCCUGCCAUUUGUUCUCAAAGAUCUGGACCUACCUCAAGCGCUUCUGCUCCUCCACAUCAUGAUAAUAAGCCAUCUUACUGACCCACUGACGUAUUUCGCUUAAGACCUCGUGCCCUUCAUUCGUUUUCGAAUAUCUGAACGAGACUUUUGAGUACCCAAACAUUGCAAGCUUUUCAACUAGGUAAAGAGGCAAGUCAAAGUGUCCCCGUUAUUUUUUUUAACUGUUUUCUUACCAUUCUAAACAAAACAACUCUUCACUUGCGUCUUCUCUCUGACUUUUGCUCAGUCGUGAAUGAUUCUUAAUUGUGUUUGAGAAAAAUUUGCCAUCUUAGGAGAUUUUGUUUUAAGCAAGGGAUAUUUCUUUCUUUAUUAUUAUAGUGUUACCCAAUUUAUAAUAUAAAUUGAGUGCUAUUAUAGUGUUUUUGCUUUUAAAAAAAACAACAUGCAUCGUAUUGACCGUCCAGCGGCUUUUACUACAUGGACUUAUAAACAAGCUGGGCAUGCUAUUAUCGACCGAGGUAAUAGAAUUCGCCCUGAAAGACAUAGUAGAAAAAAUAUCCAAAAAAUGACUUGGAGAACCAAUGACUGGGCAAAAGGAUAUGGUGAUGACGUCGAAAGCAGGGUUGGUAGUAUGACAAUUGCUGAUGUAAGCCCUGGUGUAGCGAUUCGAAGAGUUCUGCUGCUAUACGAGAAUCAGCAUUAUAGAGAAGCUGCAAAUUUCAUCAAUAGGUUAAACUAUAGUACAUUCAAAGCAAUCCUCGGUGAGCUACCGGUUGAACUAUUCGUGGAUAAUAUUCCUCAUACCCUUGGUAUUCUAGAAGCUUUAUAUGCUAGAGUAUUUCUUGCAGAUAGUCUUGAGAUACCUCUUAAACUCUUGCGUCCUGAUAGUGUAGUAAUGCAGAUGGUUAAAGUAUUUGCUUUGCAGCAAGAAGAAUCCCCAAUGAAUAUGCUAACACUUGAUGUGAAUCAUCCUAUUGUGGCUUCUUGCAAGAAGUUAUUGAAGGUAAUUGUUUUAUCAGAGCCAAGGAUGAGAAAAUUGAUCAGCACCAGGAAAAAAUCAUUAGAAAAGUCCAUUAAAGGCCUUGGUCAACAUGGUAUGGUCGGAACUUCAGGAAAUACUUUGAUGAAUUUACACGAGGCUCUAAAGCUGGAAUUCGAAAGAGUAAUCCAUCGUUAUAAGUGUGCUGUUCAGAAGCUGGAUGAGUUAAGCCUAGCUUCCAAACAACCAAUCACAACAUCCUUGUCACAUGGACCAGCCCCUAUAAAGGCGAGCCAUCAAAGGCAACUCAGCUUACAUCAAGAAGAAAUACAAGAAAGGCUUAUAAAAAAUAAGACACUUCUUAAUGUAAUUGAACCUACUUUGAAUAAUCAGUCUAUGAAUACGUUGCUAGCUAUCCUACAGAAAAGGAUUGAGAUGGAUAAAGAUGCAUUAUUCCAGUUUACCCAGCUUCGCAAAGAAGUAAAAGAUGUCAGCCCAAAUGCAGUUGUAGCAUCAGCUCUCAUGAGAUUUUCUCAGGGAUGUCAGCAAAUACUAGAUCUGAUUAAAGAGUUUGGCGAUGAUGAUGACAGCUGCACUGAUAUAUCUGGUUACCAUAGUGAUUCUGAUUCUGCUAUUGCUAUGAGUGCAUCAUCACUAGCAAGCUCUACAACAAACCGUGCUCACAAGUACAACUUGCUUUAUAGAUCAGGUAAGCUGAAAUUUGAUGAUCAUUUUUAG